GACAGGCUACGGCGGCGGCCCGGCGAGGCCGGUGGCGACAUCACCUAACCCUAGCCGGUUGCCCAAACUCAUAAUCCGGCUACUGGUGAUUGCUCUAACGUUCAUAGCCACAAUUGUUAUGGGCGUUGCCAAACAGACCUCUAGAGAAUACCAGGCAACGGUCAAGUCCUCUCAAAGCUCUUCAUUUGUCUAUUUCGUGGUGGCUAACGCGUUCGUCUGCGUCUACUCGGCGAUGGCCGUUGGCUUCUCGUUCAUCAACUCGUCAAGCUCCAGCCUUGAGCUUAUUCUCAGCAUCGCCGACGUGCUUGCGCUUGGCUUCCUGUUCACUAGCAACGCGGCCGCUAUGGCCGUGGAGGUGUUGGCGAGGAAAGGUAACGAAGAUUUUGGCUGGGGAAAGUUCUGUAACAUUGCAGAUAAGUUCUGCGGCGAAGUCACGGCUGCCAUUGUUCUCUCUUCAUUGGCCACCGUCGCAUAUUCUCUGCUUCUCGUGUUAUCCAUUGUUAGUCUUCACAAGAGAUCUGUGUACUGAAGUUUAGGGUUUGGAUGUAUGUCCUGUGUGUGUUUGUGGAAGGCGAGUUGGUUUGAUUAAUUUAACGCUUUGAUUGCGUUUGUCAUAAUUUAGGAAGGUGUUUGGUUGAGUGGACAA